AUGCAUCAUAUCAAGUUUUCAUUGAUAGAAAUCAUCAAAUUUCGUUAUGAAAUUAAAUGGGUAGCUCUCGUUGUUGUGUUACUCUUAGCAAAUGGUUGUGCCGCUGCGGAACCCGCCAACGAACCACCGCCAAUUGCGCAGCCGGGGCAAAAAACUGGUACCAAGAUUAGCCUGCCCAUGGCAGUUGUGUUGGCAUGCUUGUUAAGUGCCUUCUUGUUAAUUUGCUUCUUGUUUUACUUGUUCCACCGCUAUGCCGAACAUCAGUUUGCCCUCGCCGCCACUACUGGAAAUGGAGGUGAAAGGAGUCUUGGGAAGCAGGUGGCGGCACGUGGACUUGACCCUGCCGUGGUUGCCACCUUCACGAGUUUUACAUACUCGGUCGUGAAAGAGAUCAUGAUUGGGCAACAAGCGCUAGAAUGUGCUGUGUGCUUGAAUGGGUACCAGGAUCACGAGGCUCUACGCUUGCUACCUGAAUGCAGCCAUGUUUUUCACCGUGAUUGUUUAGAUGAGUGGUUGGCCUUACAUGUCACUUGCCCGGUUUGUCGGGCGAGUCUUGUUCCGAAACCCGAUCCACUCAGUCGCGAGACAGAGUCAUGGCAUAGCACAAAGGAGACAACAAAAGGUUAUGUUUCAAUUCAACUCACCGAAUUGAAACAUGACCUCCCACCUGUCAGAAAAAUAUCCCGCUCUUGUUCAAUGGGAGAACGACGUUCAAAAAAUGUUGAGAGGUACACGUUACGGUUAUCAGAAGAAAUGCAAAAUGUUCUCAAUAACCUGACCGUCAAUCCAUCAACAAACUCUAAUGUGGCAUUUUCCAUGGGAAGCGAUACGAAAUUGAUCAAUCUCAGAAGUGCAAGCGUAAAUUCGAUUAGGGGGUCGGAUUGUUUUAAUCAUAUUAUAUAA